AUGCCCGCGUCAGCAUGGCUUGAACAGCCUAGUGAGAGGCGAUUGCGAGAGCUCUCUAACUUGGUCGCCUCCGGAGCACCUUAUUCCACCGAGCUGGCCGCCACAAUCGCAGCCGAUGUUGAGACUCUUCGAGAUCUCACGUUCAAAUUUCUUCGCUAUCUCAACGCGUACACGUCCCCUAUCUUGCGCUUGCCACCAGAGGUCAUGCAAGAAAUAUUCGCACACGUCACCGAACAAAGCGCUGCUUUCGACGGUCGUGCAGGUUGGAUGCGGUUAGGCCAAGUCUCACACGACUUUCGCUCAACGCUGCACAGCAUGCGUGGACUUUGGGCGAAGGUGGCUUGCAACGGUGUCUUCUGGGGUCAGGAAGAACCACUGGCGCGAGCAGGCGACCUUCCCUUGACGCUUCGCUUGUGCAAUCAGGGCGACUACAUUCAUCCCUCUCGCGUCGACUUUGUGGCGAACAAAUUAGCCCGUGCGCGAUCCCUCUUCAUUUAUGAACAAGAGGAUGGCAUUCUCUGGAACCGCGACCCCAAGAGCAUAUCCGGCGCUGAACUCCCGCAUCUCCAGAACCUUCACAUACACGCGAAAUAUAGACCGACGCGCGACAUUACUUGGCUUCCCCGCAGCGCUUAUGAACUCGAACCGGUCCACGCCCCUUUGCUACGAAAGGUCUUCUUGGUCAACAUAUUCGUUCCAUUCCCUCCGGGCAACCUGACUAGCCUCACUCUCAGUCGAGCUUCCGAAAGCAGGAACCUCGCAAUACCAGACGAUCACCUUCCUCAACCGGAUGCCUUCUUGGAGAUGCUCAGAAGAUGCACAAAGGUCGAAAUCCUUUGCUUGGAGCAUAUCAUCCCAAUUCUCCAUCCAGCGUCGAACAAAUCCUAUGAUCAUUCCAACCACGAUGACAGAAUUCAACUACCUUCACUCCGCAAAAUCACUCUCAACUCCUCGAGAACCAGGAUAACUUCGUUGUGGACGCAUCUUUCCCUGCCAGAGAAUGUGCAUGUGGACAUCGGAGUGGAUUAUAUCAACGACGAUGACGGCGGCGGCGCGACAUCAGACGCAUACAUCGAUCAAGAGCGAUGCUCCUUCCUUGCACUAUUUUCCCACUACUUCACGCACAAGAUCGGCGCGGCAGCCUGCGCACUCGCGAUCGAACUGAACACAGAAAAAUCGAUCACGCGCUGCGGUUUCUUCAAACGCGUGCCGGAGAUUUGCGCUGACGUUGACGAGGGCCUGCCUGUCGUCAAUCUCGCCGACGAGGUCAAUGAUGCUUACACACUCCUGUUCGACGUGUGGUUCUAUCGAUGCAAAUGGGCGGAGGGACAUGCGCCUCUCGCUCAAUUUAUCGAAUCUAUACCCAGAACAUACCUGGCCCACAUCAAUAAUUUAGACCUAACUGGUCUCGGGGUCGACGAUCUUCGACUUCUUCUUCCACGCCUACCGCGUCUGCACACCAUCUCCAUCUUCGGGCCACUCACCUUGCCUCCAUUGGCGGCCCUGAUGCCCGCAUUACCAGCCGGCGGCGGAAGUACCGCUUGCGUGCCCGUGCCAGAACUGCGGCACCUUCGCCUAGUAGGCAUCUUACUACUAGAUGGGGAGAAGUACAUGGGAAACAGCUGGAUGCUCCCUUGCACAGACGUCAUCGAUCUAGUUACCUCUCGCGCCGAUGCAGGUUGUCCUUUGCAUUCUCUCAAACUCAUCAAGAUCCGAUCUGCGAACUUUUGGGAACAAGCACUUAUGGAUGACUUCGUCCAUCAACUAUCACAACUAGUGAAGGAAGCGGAGGGAUCCGUGUGGUGGUCUGGACUUAGACGGCGCUCGCGCGUAUUAUAA